UUUCUGGCAAACACAGUCCCAUUCAGGACUGAAAUACCUAAAGAGUGACAGAAAUUAUUAUUCCCGAAAUACCCCUCGUCUCCCCCUUAUCAUAACAUAAGCUCCGAACUUGGAAUAACUGAGUCCCGAGAGGGGAGGGAACAUCUCCGAUGGCGUCCAUGGCGGCGUUUUUCGUCAAAACUCCAAACCCAUCCCUCUCCUUCCCCAAAACCCAGAAAACCCAUUUGGGAAUAACCCUUAAGCACCCUUGCUCUGUCCAUUCCGCGACGACGCGCCGGAGGAUCCGAAUCUCGUGCGGGUUGAUCGACCCGGACGGCGGCAAGCUGGUGGAUCUGAUCGUCGAGAAGUCGCAGAGGGACGCUAAGAGGACGGAGGCCCUAUCGCUUCCGAGAAUCAAGCUGUCCCGAAUCGACCUCCAGUGGGUUCAUGUGCUCAGCGAAGGAUGGGCCAGCCCGCUCAAAGGGUUCAUGAGAGAAUCCGAGUUCCUCCAAACGCUUCAUUUCAACUCGCUCCGGCUGGACGACGGCUCCGUCGUCAACAUGUCGGUGCCGAUCGUCCUCGCCGUCGACGACUCCCAGAAGGCCCGGAUCGGCGCGUCCACCGCCGUCGCCCUCGUCGACUCCAGCAAUAACCCGGUGGCGGUUCUUAGCAAUAUUGAGAUCUACAAGCAUAACAAGGAAGAAAGGAUAGCAAGAACGUGGGGUACAACUGCACCUGGUUUGCCUUAUGUUGAAGAGGCCAUAACCAAAGCUGGAAACUGGCUUAUUGGCGGUGACUUAGAGGUUAUAGAGCCAGUCAAGUACCAUGAUGGUCUUGAUCGCUUCCGACUGUCCCCUGCAGCACUCCGUGAGGAAUUUACCAAGCGUAAUGCCGAUGCAGUGUUUGCUUUCCAGCUGAGGAAUCCUGUGCACAAUGGCCAUGCUUUGCUGAUGACUGACACACGUCGCCGGCUUCUUGACAUCGGCUAUAAGAACCCCAUCCUCUUGCUUCAUCCAUUGGGAGGCUACACAAAGGCAGAUGAUGUUCCUCUUAGUUGGCGAAUGAAGCAACAUGAAAAGGUACUUGAGGACGGGGUGCUUGAUCCAGAGACCACUGUCGUGUCUAUAUUCCCAUCACCGAUGCACUACGCUGGGCCUACUGAGGUGCAGUGGCAUGCCAAGGCUCGGAUUAAUGCAGGGGCCAACUUUUACAUUGUAGGUCGGGACCCUGCCGGCAUGAGCCAUCCAGUUGAGAAAAGAGAUUUAUACGAUGCAGAUCAUGGAAAGAAGGUUCUGAGCAUGGCUCCUGGGCUUGAACGGCUAAACAUCUUGCCUUUCAAGGUGGCUGCAUACGAUAAAACUCAGAACAAGAUGGCAUUCUUCGAUCCCUCGAGGCCUCAAGAUUUCCUCUUCAUUUCAGGCACCAAGAUGCGAACGCUUGCGAAGAACAAGGAGAAUCCCCCAGAUGGAUUCAUGUGCCCUGGAGGUUGGAAAGUGCUGGUGGAAUACUAUGAGAGUUUGGCUCCCAUUGAAAACGGCAAAGUUCCUGAAGCUGUGCCUGCUUAGAUGGAUUUGUUCUUUGUCAAUAGAUAUUGACAAUGGUCUGGGAGGAAGACGAAAACUCCUUAUUUAUCUCAGUCUGCGUGAAUCCAUCUCUCUUUCAUACAAUAAUAUCUCAUUUGAGGCAGUGGCUCAGACACACAAGUCCCAAGCCUCAACCUGUAAUUACAACUCCAGAGAUUGUAGCAACAGCUUGAUUGUGCACAUGCCUUCAGCUUGCACACCGUAACAUUAUGUUGUGAUUGUGCCUUUACAGUGGAAACAUGUCAAAUGGUCGCAUUUAUUACUCUA